AUGAGCAUCACCGUUGGGGUUCUCGCCUUACAGGGCGCAUUCUACGAGCAUGUCCAGCUGCUGAAACAGGCAGCAGCCAAUUUAGCGACCGAGACCAACACCUCACCGCAAUGGGAGUUCAUUGAAGUGCGAACCUCGCAGGAAUUGGAUAGAUGCGAUGCGCUUAUCUUGCCUGGUGGUGAGAGCACUACUAUCUCUCUUGUCGCAGCUAGGUCCAAUCUUCUAGAGCCCUUGAGAGAUUUCGUAAAGGUCCAUCGCAAGCCAACUUGGGGAACCUGUGCCGGGUUGAUUUUGCUUGCUGAGUCCGCCAACCGGACAAAGAAGGGUGGUCAAGAGCUUAUCGGAGGUUUAGAUGUGCGCGUAAAUAGAAACCACUUUGGUCGGCAAACUGAGAGUUUCCAAGCGCCAUUGGACCUGCCAUUCCUGAAUUCCUGCGGGCAAGACCAGCCUUCUUUCCCAGCUGUUUUCAUCAGAGCACCUGUUGUCGAGAAGAUAUUGCCACACGAAGAGGGCAUCCAAAUAAGCGAGGUUCAAAGAGACGAGACUGUCGUAGCGCCUUCAAAACACGCGAAAGGCCGGGCGGCUUUGGACGCAAUGGCAACGCAGGUUGAAGUGCUGGCCACACUUCCAGGCAGAGCCGCUAAACUGGCUAGUGAGGGGAGGAAGAUCGACGCAGACAAAGAAGCUGGAGAUAUCAUUGCUGUCAAACAGGGAAAUGUUUUCGGGACAAGCUUCCAUCCUGAGCUCACCGGCGACGCCCGCAUACAUUCAUGGUGGCUGCGCCAAGUGGAGCAGUCCGUGAAAAAGAGGAAGGGGACAGAGCAACGCUAA